ACGUUUGGUAACGUUUGUGAGUCGCGUGGAAGCGGCUGUGACGGUCACAAACUCCAGGAAAUAAACCCUCGUGAUUCGAAUGAUAUCCGAAUCUCUCUCGCCAUUUCAAAUAGUGAUAACGAUUGCAACAAUUUUAUCUCCACCGUUUUUUGUUGAUGAGCUUCGAGGAGCAUCUUAUGCUGAUGCUAUCAGCACGAUAUCUUAUCGAAUUCCCCAGGGCCGUUCAAAUUCCCUCUGGGCACCGCGUAGACGCUGAUUGUCAGUUGUACCAUUACGAAACACGUAAAUAAUUGUCACAAAAAUUAGAGGGAAGAUUCGGAGAUAAUUGAUGAGAAUCACGAGAGGUUUCCAUUCAUUCCAUUCCUGGUCAUUGAAGGCACUACUGAAUCUACGUGGUUCUCGAUGAGGUACAAACGGACACACUGAGAAUGUAAAAGAUGAGUUGAUGUGCGUGAAUUGGGAUUAGUCAGUGAGAAUCAAAUUGUUUGAGUGCAGACAUGUGUAAGAAGUGUCGCUGACGUGCGCAAUUUUCUGGAGAACUACGACCUUCAAGAAUUGAUGAGUCUCGAGGUACGGGAGUGAUUGGGAAAGGGUCUGGAAGUGGUGGCCACGAUAUCCCGAGGGCCUGAGGGUUUUUAUUCGCACGUCGAACAGCAGGAGAUGGACUCAGUGGCCGUUACGGUUCCGCUUCGUCCGCCGACGAAGAAGAUGAAGAAGAGAAAAGAACUGGAUGCACUCGCACCAUCACAUGUCGUCUCCAGGAGGACGUCGGGGAAGAGGAGUUCACAGGAGUUACUAUCCGACAGUAGUGACGAGCGUUCUGAGUACUGGAAUAUCUCUAUGCGAGGCAAUCGCAAGAGGAGAGCUCGACGAACUCCCCCCUAUCCUGGAUUACUUCGUGCAUGCAGUGCAUUCUUCGGUUGUGCAUCUAUCCUGGCGACUGCCAGUCUCAUCUGGCUAUUCAUUGAUGUACGUCAACAGCUCACAUCGCUCAGAACUGAAGUGGACCAAGCUAUUGCCGGUAGCGAAGCACUCCCUGAAGCCCUCCAAAAGUGCCAUUCUGCAUCACAGAAGCUUGAGAAAAAUCAGACUAUUUUGUUUUCACAGUUGAACGAUGUCAAGGGACAGAUCGCGGAUUUUUCGUUGCAGUUAUCAGACAUUCAGAAGGGACUGCGUCAGGUGCAAGACAAGCUGAACAGUGCACCGGAGUUGACAAACAUACCGACUGAGCUCAAGGAUGUGAAGAAGAGUGUCGCAACAUUUGGCAGUAGUAUUCGAGAUUUAGGGGCAACGGUUAAUGGACUCAAGGGAACAGAUACCAAAAUUCAGGAGAUACAGACUAGUCUUUUAAAAAAUAUUACAGUUAUACAGAAUACAUUAGUAAAUCUAUCGAAUAUCACCCAGAGGCCGGAAAUUUCAACGAACGAGACUAGGUUAAAGACCGAAGAGCUCAGUCAGUCAAUUUCACAACUGAAGACAGAUUUAGUUAGCGUUAAUGAGACACUCACAAGAAAUCUCACAUGGGUUUCCAAUGACCAGCAGAAGGAUCAUACUCUCCUAGUCUCUCUCCAAGAUUCGACUCAGAACGCCAGCAGCAAGGUUCUGUCCCUCCAAGGCGAGUGUGCCAAAGCCACUGAGCAAUCAAAAAUCAUCGAGUCAGUUGAAAAAUUGACCAACAGCCUGACAGAGGUUCAAGGCUUGAAUACCGAUUUAAAGAGUAAAAUAGCACAACUGGAACUCGGUUACAGUAAACUCAACAAUUCCACAAAUGAUAUAUUGAAUAAAAUAGCAACAAUCAACGUCAAUGACCCCAACAGCAAUAGCGAGUCAUCUCACACAAGUGAUGGCUCCACUCAAACCGCAAAAUCUCAGUCACAGAAUUAGCUGCGUUCCGUAUUCGUGAAUUGUCGAUGAUGUAGGAGUCCACAAACGUAGCUGCAAUGAAGCAUCGACGAAGAGGAAUUGAUAAUUAAGGAGGGCGUGAGAGCGAAAUGAAAUUAAAAUUCACAUGGUAAAUUAUUUGGCUAGGUCAGUCAGGGUGUGCUUUGUAAAAAAAAUCCUUCAAUCUGAUGAAUGUCAGCCAACGAUGGAGGAAUAUUUACGACACGCGCUUGGCCUGAAGUCGAUGAUUCAUCUAGCUUUACCGGAGUGAAUUUUUUUUAUGAUGAAACGUGCAAUUGAGUCGAUGAGUUUGUAAAUAAAUAAUGCUUAAUGAGGUCGGGGACGGUAAAAUAGUUUCGAGGAUUAAUAAAUCAAAAUUUGAUGAACAAUGUGAAAAUUAAUUUCCACUAACAAUUUCCAAAAAAAAUUUAAAGAAAACUAUUGCUUAAAAAAAUAAUUUAAGAAAGAAUUUUAUGGAUAUUAUUUUCUCAGAAAUAUUUUGCCUUGUCCUCGUAUGAAUCGCCAACGAUACGCACCAAUCCAAAAGUAUUUAUCGUUCUCUAAAAUAUAAAAUAGUUGAUUUUUAUUUGUUACACAAUGGAAUGAACGAGCAAUGAGUUUACCGAAAAUAAAGAGUCCAAAAUUUGUAUGACUGAUGAAGAAACAAUUAAGACAGUACUUAAAUCCUCUCAAGAAUCAGUAAAAAGACUUUAGAUUCUCAUUCAUUAUAGAAUGACGAACAGUAUGCGAGUGUGAUUGCCGUAUGGAAAUGACAAUGUGCAUGUUAACGGAGUUGUGAGUUAGUGUUCAUAGACACGUCAAAUGUUUUUUCGAUGAAAAAAGGAAAUCAAAUGCAAAACAGAAAAUAAAGUACAAAAUUGGAGAAAAAA